ACAAGGUACAUGCUUGCAUGCAUGGCCCCUCAUGGCCCCCCCACAGCCAUCAGGGCCCCGGCGUGCGGCCAUGAAAAGCCCUUAUCCGACUUGUUCAGUGACGGGUCCCCCCCUCCACAUGCCCACCUCAUGGAUGGAUGGAUCGGCAACGAUGCAUGCCAUGAAAUGGAUGGCCCGGCUCGGUUGCACUGUACGUAACUCGACAACGACACACUAGUAUAUUAUACAUACUUGGAAUGUAUCUCCAUCCUUCCAACCCCUGUCGUAAUAUUCCGGCUCCAUCGGCUCAGGCACAGCAUAUG